AUGAGGGAGAUGAUGGAGGAAAUGCGCGGAGACAUCAUAAGCAGAUUUGAGGCUAUUGUUGCAGAUGUUGUUAAACGUGAAGUUACAGAUGCGUUGGCACCUUCAGAGACUAAGUUGGGGUCAUAUGCGUCUGCCAUUUCCGACUUGGAAGGAGCUGCAAACGACCAUGAGCAGAGGCUAACUAGCAUACAGGCCUCUGUUAGCCAACUUCAGGGAAAAGUUGAGCUACUGACGAAUAAAUGUGACAAACUAGAGGGAGGCUCCAGACUCAAUAAUAUCCGAAUUGUUGGUGUUGUUGAAGGCACAGAGGGCCCUCGCCCAACAGAAUUUGUGGCCGAUUUUCUUCACAAUCUACUUCGCCUCGAUGCUAAACCUAUCCUCGAUCGGGCGCAUCGGACUCUGCGGCCCAGACCCGGAGACGGAGCCCCGUCGCGGCCCUUCGUAGUUCGUGUCGACCAGUUCCAGACAAGGAAUGAAAUUCUCUGCAAAGCCCGUGAGUCACCUGCCCUGAACUAUCAGGGAAAACAUGUGUUUAUUUUCCCUGAUUUUACGGCCAUUGUGGCAAAGAAGCGCGCUGCAUUCAACGAUUUGAAGAAAGAAUUUCACUCCUGUCCAGGGAUAAAGUUUGGACUUUUCUUCCCAGCAUCACUGAGAAUAACACUUCCCACUGGACAGCUUCGCACGUUUGACAGUCCUGAUUUGGCUAUGGACUUUGUGAAGAAAAACCUCAAGACCAUGGAGGACCCACAGUCUGUUUAA